AUGGCCUACUACUACUGUUUUCUUUCCGUUUUAUUCCUCAUAUCUAUCCUAAAAAUACAAAAAAUCAAGAGUAUCACUGAUCAAUGGUCUAAUUAUCAUAAUCAAGAUGAAUUGGAAACCAUCCUUAUAAAUAUUAAUAAACGUUGUCCCAAUUAUACUACUAUUUAUUCAAUUGGUAAAAGUGUCGAAGGUCGUGAUCUACUUGUUAUUCAUUUUUCAACAACACCUGGACAGCAUCAAAUGUUAAAACCAGAAAUGAAAUAUGUUGGAAAUAUGCACGGAAAUGAACCUGUUGGACGAGAACUUCUAUUACGGCUUGCAUCAUUCUUCUGUGAUGAAAUUUUGGCAAAAAAUAAAGAAAUUAUGGAAUUGAUCAAAUCGACAUCAAUUCAUCUCUUACCAUCAAUGAAUCCUGAUGGAUUUGAACGCGCACUUUUAAUAGGAAGCGAUGCUCGGGGUUGGUUUGAUGGUAGAUCUAAUGCGAAUGGUAUUGAUUUAAAUCGAGAUUUUCCGGAUCUUGAUGGUUUUUAUUACUAUUUAGAACGACAUAAUAUACCUCGUUUUGACCAUCUUCUGGAAUUAUUUGGUGAUGAAGCAAAAGAAUAUCAACCAGAAGUACGAGCAGUUGGCCAAUGGAUUCUUUCUUUACCAUUUGUUUUAUCAGCCAAUAUACAUGAAGGCGAUUUAGUGGCUAAUUAUCCGUUUGACUCUGCUCGAAUUCCAAACAGGAAUGAAUAUUCCAGAAGUCCUGAUGAUCAAACAUUCCGAUAUCUUGCGGAGAGUUAUGCAAACAAGCAUGCACAUAUGGCAAAGAAUGAUCAUCCAUCUUGUGAUGGAACUAUUACCAAUGCAUUCACACGACAAGGUGGGAUAACAAAUGGUGCGAAAUGGUAUUCGGUUUCGGGUGGUAUGCAAGAUUUCAAUUAUUUGGCAACAAAUGCAUUUGAAAUAACAUUAGAAUUAUCGUGCAAAAAAUUUCCGGACAGCUUAUUACUGCCGAAACUUUGGGAUGAUAAUAAAGAAGCAUUGAUCGAUUUCAUUCGAAAGGUUCACAUUGGAAUUAAAGGUGUCGUGAUGGAUAGAAUUACCGGAAGACCAAUAUCAGAAGCUGUUAUUUGGGUCACAAACAGUACUGAAAACACACCGAUCAAACAUCCUGUUACAUCUUGGGAAACUGGCGAAUAUUUCCGUUUACUUACGCCAGGACGUUACGAGAUUUACGUGGCAGCGGAUGGCUACCAAUCAACAUACAAACAAGUGAACGUUACAAAUAAUAGUCAAACAUCAGCGAAGAUUGUAAACUUUGCUCUAAUGCCGGAAAAAACAAAGGAAUUUAAUGUACCACAGGAUGAAAUUCGAGAUGUACUGAAGGAUGAAAUUCUUGAUCAGAUGUAA